AUGAGCGACGACGCGCCUUCGAAGCCCGCCAAGCGAGCCCGUUCGGGAACCAACGACGAUGCUGCGCCUGCCAUAUCUACCAAACGACGAAAACUGAGCUCAUCGACGACCUACAAGCGCACAUCCCUCCACGAUACCAAUGGCAAUCGCCCGAGCAAGACGGCUGAGGCUGACAUCUACGACGUACCCGACUCUGACGGCGAGGCGCCGCCGCCGCCAGCACGAACUCGACUCCCCUCCGGGCCCCACCGAAGCGCAAAGAGGACUUCAUUGCCUCGCAAAGACACCUACGAAGUGUCCGAGUCAGACAAGGGCGAGCAGAGCCCAGACGAAGACGAGAAUAAUGAAGAUGCAGUUCCUCCGACGCCCACACGGCCCAGGACCACACCAGGCAAGACGCCCAGGUCAAACGGCACGGCUCGCAACGGCUCCGUAUCCGCGAAGACCAGCGCCGGGAAGCCGCGAGCACUCAAGGAAGUCUCCGCAACCAUCGAGAAGCCCGUCGAAGCGACGCCGGGAACGGGAGAGAAGAUCGAGGAAACGAUCCACGUUCGAUCGAGCGGACGGCGCAGAAUCCCCACGGCCAAAGUGCAGGACAACACGGCCAGCGCCCGCAAGCUCGCGGGGGCCGCCGCCGCGAGCCGGUCGCGAUCGAACUCGGUGCUGAAUACGACGCCCAGCGCGCAGAGGCACCACGAGCCUCUGAGGCGGGAUGCGGCGGUGCCGCUGAAGGGUAUCCUGACACCCUCGAAGCGUGCGGGGGAUACGGGCAAACGCCGGAAGAGCGUUGCGUUUGGCGCUGCGCAAAGCCAGAAGGGCGAGCCGGUGUUCUUUGAGGAUUUGCCAAAUAAGUCGUCGGAGAAGAGGCCUCGUGGAAGGCCGCCCAAGUACCCAAAGGCUACCCCGAAGCCGGUCAAGUCGACACCUAGGCAAGCCGAACCUGUCCUGGAAUCUGAAGAGGAGGUUGAGGAUGAGGUCCAAGAUGAGCCGGAAGAGAAGAAAGAGGAACCAGUGGCCGAGGUGGCAGAGGAGGAAGAGGAAGAAGAGAAGGAGCAGGAAGACACAGCCUGCUCGAUAUGCGACAAGCGCAACUCAAGGCCUCCGAACGAGAUUAUUUUCUGCGACGGCUGCGACAAAGCUGUCCAUCAGAAAUGCUACGACGUCCACGACAUUCCGGAGGGCGACUGGUUCUGCAAAGAGUGCGUCGACAAGAAGCAGGCCAAGGCCGCGGCAGGCGCCCAGCUGCCCAACUAUGAGCACCAUCUUCGCUCGCUACAGAGGGUGCUGCUGGACCGAUGCACGGGCCGGCGGCGUAUCAAAUUGAUCAACCAGGACGAGGCGUAUACGAAGGUCCAUCAGCUCGUUGAGCAGACCGUCUCGGCUGGCGAGGGCAACUCCAUGCUUGUGAUUGGUGCGAGGGGCUGCGGAAAGACGACGCUUGUGGAGAACAUUAUUGCCGAACUAUCCUUCAGUCACAAGAGCGAGUUUCAUGUCAUCCGGCUCAAUGGUUUCAUUCACACAGAUGAUAAACUAGCUUUAAAGGAGAUAUGGCGUCAGUUGGGUAAAGAGAUGGAGGUUGACGAUGACAUUAAUGCGAAGAUCUCGCAGACAGAGGAGGGGGUCACUUCCAAGGCCGUCAUCUUCAUCAUUGACGAGUUCGACAUGUUUGCGUCUCACGCGCGUCAAACGCUACUGUACAACCUAUUUGACAUAGCGCAGGCGCGCAAGGCGCCCAUCGCAGUGCUCGGCUGCACGACGCGGAUGGACGUUGUGGAGAUGCUGGAGAAGCGAGUGAAGAGCCGAUUCAGCCACCGGCACGUAUAUCUGUCACUGCCAGCGAAUCCGACGUCCUACUGGCAGGUCUGCAGGCAGGGACUGACGGUCGACGACGAGGAUAUGAAGGCAGAAGGCAUUGAUGAGGGUGUACAGGGACAUGUUGAGUUCUACCGCAACUGGAACAACAUGAUCAAGGAUCUGCACGAGGAGAAAACAUUCAAGGCGCUCCUCCAGUACCACUACUACACAACCAAGUCAGCAGCGGCGUUCCUCACGGAGUGCAUCCUGCCGUUAUCGUCCUUAUCAGUAGACGAGAUGGCCCUUGAGAUUCCAUCCGCGUCAGCCACAAUGGUCCGGCUCGCGGCCCCCAACUCGAAGCUGCAUCUACUGUCGGCGCUGUCAGACCUCGACCUCGGUCUGCUCAUCGCGGCGGCACGGUUAGACAUCGUGGCACACACGGACACGGUCAAUUUCGCCAUGGCAUAUGAUGAGUACGGCUCGCUGAUGGGCCGGCACCGGGUGCAGUCGGCAGGCGCGGGCAUGAUGGCGCUCGGAGGCGGCGUCCGUGUCUGGGGUCGUGGGGUUGCAGGCGUAUCGUGGGAGCGGCUCGUCUCGUUAGGUUUGCUGUUGCCCGCAAGCCUGGGCGGCGGCAAAGCAUCUGGAGGAGGGACGCACGGGGGCCUCGAGGGGCGGAUGUGGAAGGUCGAUGUUGCUCUGGAGGAAAUUCCAGGCGGCGUGAAGCUCAGCCAGAUGCUGGCAGGGUGGUGCAAGGCGAUCUGA